CCCUACGACCUGGAACCUUCGUUCAGCGUCGCAUUCGAGCUUUAAAUUAAAAAAAAAAAAACCUGGUUGCUCGUCAAUCAACCUUUGAGCAUUUCUUGGAGAAAAAUUCAGGUAGCUCAGAGAUGAUGAAGCGUCUGAUUCCAACGUUCAACCGCGUCCUGGUGCAGAAAAUCGUCCAGCCGACGAAAACCGACGCUGGCAUUCUCCUCCCGGAGAAAUCUGCCAAGCUGAACUCCGGCAAGGUGAUAGCAGUGGGACCGGGCUCAAGGGACAGAGACGGGAAAUUGAUCCCGGCCUCGGUCAAGGAAGGCGACACUGUUCUUCUCCCCGAGUACGGCGGUACCCAAGUCAAGCUCGGCGAACACGAAUAUCAUCUCUUCAGGGACGAUGACAUCUUGGGCACAUUGCACGAGUGAUGGAAAGCUGAGUUUGAGGUUUAUUUAGUGUUUGUAUUAUGACUUAUUAAGGAUAAUCAUUUGCAAGGGACUAAUUUUGGUCGGAUAAUGUGGAUGAACUUUUAUCAAACACCAUUUGCCCAUUUGAAUGCGUCUCUUUGGAACUA